AAGAAGAGAAGGAAGACCCAGCGAGAAGAAACAGCAGCAGCAGCAGCAGCACCAGCUACUCACCAACAGCAACAACAACAAUAGAGCCCUAGGGAGAAAUUGUAGGUGGUAGUUUCUUCAUCUUCACUGCCGCCACCAACGCCGCCAACGCCGCUACCGUCAGCUUCGCUAUGGAUUAUAGUCUAAUCGCUACCGGAUUGGAUCCGACUUCGGAUCUCAACGCAGGCCUCAGCAUUCCCAAACCGAAUGCGAAGCCAUACAAGCGAGUGCUUGGGGGCGAAUACAAUUCGAUAAUUCCUUCGGAAGAUGGAACUAUGGUUCAAGGUCCUCUCAGGAACAUGACAGCAUUUCUUAUGGAGGCCCACAAAAAGCCAACGUACCGGGACCAUUCAAAAGCACCACUGCGCCGAUUGAGUGUCGACCUCAUCAAAACCUACAAACACAUCAAUGAAGUUUACUACACGAGAAAAAAGCAGAGACGCGCCGCACAACAGCAGCAGGCCGUACAGUUGGAGUCGGACUCGAAGGAGGACGCCACCGGCUACGACGAUGAGAACGAUGACUACAUCGUGUCGAAAGGACAAGUGUUCGUCGGACGGUACACGAUCGACUGCUUGAUAGGCAAAGGCUCGUUCGGCCAAGUUGUGAAAGCCUAUGACAACGAAGAGAAGAAAUACGUAGCCAUCAAAAUCAUCAAGAACAAGAAGGCCUUUUACAACCAGGCGCAAAUCGAGAUCCGACUCCUCAACAUGAUGAACGACUUCUGUUCGGCGGGUGCCGAAAAGGUCGUCCGGCUCUGGGGACACUUCAAGUGGAAAAAUCAUCUUUGCCUCGUAUUUGAACUGCUGUCAUACAACCUAUACGAUCUUCUAAGGAACACAAACUUUCGUGGUGUGUCGCUCAACUUAACGCGGAAAUUCGCGCAGCAGAUGUGUACGGCUUUGUGUUUCCUGUCGUCGUCGCAGGUGCAGAUAAUCCACUGCGAUUUGAAGCCGGAGAACAUUUUGUUAUGCAACCCGAAACGCUCCGCUAUUAAAAUUGUUGAUUUCGGUAGUAGUUGUCAGGUAGGCCAGCGAGUUUAUCAGUACAUACAGUCGCGCUUCUAUCGAUCGCCCGAAGUACUCCUGGGCAUCCCGUACGGGCUUCCCAUUGACAUGUGGUCACUGGGUUGCAUACUUGUCGAGAUGCACACGGGUGAGCCGCUUUUCUCUGGAUCCAAUGAAGUCGAUCAGAUGAACAAGAUCUGCGAAGUGCUCGGCAUGCCUCCCAAAUCGUUGCUCGACCACGCCCGGAAAACGGCGAAAUACUUCGACCAUCUGCCGGACGGUACGUACUACCUUAAAAAAUGUCCAUCGGGCAAGAUCUACCAAGCACCGGGAGAACGCCGAUUGCACGACAUCAUCGGAGUCGAAACAGGUGGACCUGGAGGAAGGCGACUGGGUGAACCGGGUCAUAGAGUUCAAGACUAUCUCAAGUUCCGAGAUCUUGUGUUAGCGAUGCUCGACUACGAUCCAGCGAGUCGAAUCACGCCCGUCGAGGCAUUGCUCCACCCGUUCUUCAGUAAAAGUGAAGACGACCGUCCGCUUGUCAAAGACUGA